CCAAAAAUUUCAGCCGUCAUCUGUUGUGUUGGUGUGUCUGUAUUUUUGUGAAUUUCGCAAAUAUUUUUGAUUCUAAUAACAAAACCUUUUGCUAAAUUCAGUGAAUCAUAGUGCUACUUUCUUGUUAAAUUCAUAAGAAUUGUAGCAGUUGAAGAUGUUUUCGUUCCACAGACCAAAAGUGUAUAGAUCAACAACUGGAUGUUGUAUCUGCAAAGCCAAAUCUAGCAGUUCCCGAUUUACUGAUAGUAAGAAAUACGAAGAGGAUUUUCUGGAAUGUUUCAAGCUACAAACUCCGAGACAAGGUGAAAUCUGUAAUGCAUGCGUCUUGCUUGUGAAAAGGUGGAAAAAAUUGCCGGCUGGAUCUGAUAGAAAUUGGCAACAUGUGGUGGAUGCCAGAGCUGGUCCAGGCAUCAAGUCAAUGACCAAAUUUAAAGUGAAAAAUCGUAAAUUGUUGGAAGAAAAAGCUGACAAGAUCAAGAAAAAACAGUUUCAUCGCGAGGAUAGCCCAGUAUUGAGUGACAAAAGUGAAGGUAAUGAUGAGCAGGAUCUCCAAGAAGUAGACUACUUAUGUGAAGAUGGCCCCAGCAACGAAUCGAGUAGGACAGGCAGUCCCGGUCUCAGCGAUUCUGAAGACGUUGUGAUGAAAAGCAGCAGGAGGUACAAAGGUAUGCCUAAGAGAAGACACGAAGAUUCAAGAGUUAGUGGAUUUGUUGAUUUGGAUUACUGGAAAGAGGAAACGAUAUGUUGCGGAGUAAUAUUCAGAGGGCGCUACGACGAAAUCAUGCUCGAUCCGACCUACAUGAAGCCGUGCCGUAGCCGUUUGGCUACUUGCAAGCUGGGUCUCGGCAUAGCCAAACCGGAAACGGAACAAUGCGAGAACACCGGCUCUUCGAAACUAUACAGCGACAGUAGCUCAGAUUCAGGCUAUGACGAAUCGUCUAAUCCCGGCCUUCCAGCUACUGACAACGGCGCUUUCAAGAAGGACCACGUAGGUUUGGAGGAGAUCAACAGUCGGAUCCCCAUUGCUGUCGCCAACUAAUGGUUCGUUAACGAAAUGUGUCAUGUGUCGGUUCAUAGGUUGUUUUUAUUUUUAUUUUGUAAUUUAUUGGUAUGUAGAUUUUUCUUCGUUGUUAUAUUUGUAACAAAUGUACACAGAUUAUUUGUCAAGAGAAGAUAUUUUUAUUAGAUUUUAAUAAUAUAUCGUGGGUUAAGUUGAUUUUUUGGAAUCAAUUUUACGCAAUAUUUUUAACUGACGGGCGAUAUUUUGACUGCAUGCUGUAGAAUUUAAUAUAUUCCUCAUUUUUUAGUUAACUUAAAUAUUAUUUAUGAAGUAUAAUCUAUUUUAAACAUUAAUUUUAACAAAUUCCCCAUGAAUUUAAUUGAAAAUUAAUUUUACAAAGAUCUUAUUUAGAAUUGUGAAUAGUCUCCUGUUCAGAGUAUGAAAGUCUGACACAGAGUCCUAAUUUUAUUGAUAUUACUCCAAAUGUAUGGAUUAUAAUAAAGUUUUAAUCUACAAAAUUCUUCUUUAUUUCUUUCAUAGUAAUUUGAAUCUUUUUUUACCAAUAUAUUUGCCUGUUUUGCAAUAUCUCAAUAGUCAAUGUCUAACAUACAACAGAAACAAGAAAAAAAUACCAAACAAACAUAUCUAUCUGAUAUAUCUACCUUAUUUAUUCUGCAGUAUUGGAAACCACAGGCAUAAUUCAUUGAACUAUGUCUUGAUUGAACGCUACUUGCUUUCAACUUACGAACGUCUUGAAUGAUUUAAAAAAACGUUGACACAAAAACUCAUCAUCCUUGUGAUCGGUGCGUUGUGAAUCAGGCAUAAACUAAAAUAAUCCAUGAUAAUAUCCGUCUUAAAAAAGUAAGUAUCUUUUGCUCUAGUUAUGUAUUUGAAUGAAUAUUUUUGGUGUAUAUUUCAACGGAAACCUUUUUACUGUUUACCAACUUACAUAAGUCCAUAACCUUCUUUCAAGGUGCCUUGUUGUAAUUUUAGUGUUCAAUAAAACAUAAUUCAAGCUAUUGAGGUUGGCGUUUUGGUUCUUUAGUCGUAGUGCUAGACUUUUCGUCAUAAAGUUUUACCAAGAAACCGUAUCCGGCUCGACGGACCAAUGUUUUGUGCUAGGCGCACACUUUUUUCGGCUUUACUAUUUCCUUCUGGCUCUUUUGCAGUUUAAAGACAAAAAAUUUACCAACAAAGCUAUUUUCAUUACAAAUUUCAUACUCCUAUUGAUUUUUACUAAUUAGUUGAAAAAAGUAAUUUCUCUAAUUUGCCAGAGGCUAGUUUAUUUGUGUUUUAAGGUACUGAAGAAUAUAAAUUGGGUGUCUGAUGGCUAUUGGCCAUUUUGCAAUAUGACAUAGUUACCUGUAUUUAAUGUCAUUCUAAAAUGUUGCCAACAACCAUCAGACAAUGUAAUCGUUUACUGUUUACAAAAUAUCGCCCUCAAUUAAAAGUACCUACAUAUUUAUGAAUCAAUUAAGAUAUAAAAAUUACUCCUUUCUUAGAAUAAGUUUUUAAGUCAUUUAUUUUAGGAUGACUUUAUAUUGUAUUUUUGUUCUAUUAACAAUUAGUUGGUAAGUAUCCACACAUAUUUAUCGACAGUACAAAGAAUGACACAAAUAAAGAAUUUAUUGAAAUAAAUAGCUGAAUAAGUAAGUGCAAUAAAUACAAAAUGUCUGAUCUCAUUAGAGAAUUUUGCACUGAUUGUUCAUGAUUUUUCAGACUUAAUUCAUGUUUUAUACAAAGUAAUUUCAUUUUGUUUCGAGUUGCAACCAUAUGCCAUUCUAAGACAUUGAUAUACCAGUACAUGGGUGGUAUUACCACCUGUCAUAUUUAACUGUCAACAUUUACAGGUUAAGAUCAUUCAGAUUUUUUUGAAAACAAUUUCCGAAUUGGGAAUUGAAACGUCAAAGCAAACAUAAAAUUAAUUCUUAUCACAAUCACUUGUAGCUUAAUCCCGUAUAACAAUACCAUAAGUACAACUGAACCUUCAAUUUUUAUAGGUUUGAAUUUACCAUGACAGCUUUUGGUCUUGUGAUUUCUCACUGUUUACCUGUAUAUUUUUGACAUUUGAUGUUUAGUCCACGUAGACACUCACAAUGGAAUUUCAAGGUUGGAUUCUUCUUUUUGAUGGGCCUCAUCAUGGCAAUCUUUAUUUUAUCUGCAGCAAUGUGAAAAGCUGCACAGAUGUUGUGUUGAACCAGGUUCUGAGGUUCUUUAACCAGGAUGUUCUUCUUCCUGUACCUCGCUUUCCAAAUAUUUUCCCUUGCAGGAUGGCUUGUAGGAGGGCAUAUCUGGAUUCGUUAUUCGCAUAAUGUGUAAAAAGUAUUCCAACUUUCGAGAUUUGAUGGUGGUUAGUACCUCUCGGUUCUUCCUCAUUCUAAGGACCUCCCCAUUUGUGACCCUGUCAUUCCACGGAAUUUUAAAAAUUCUCCGAUAUAGCCACAUCUUAAAUGCUUACAAUUUUCGGCACAUAUUCAACACCAUAAAAAUAGGACAGAGAAGACGUAGCAUCGCAGCAUUCUUACUUUUAUGCCAAGAGAAAGGUUGUGGUUCUUGAAAAAGGCCACCAUACGGUUGAAGGUGGAUCUAAUUUUUCCUAUGCGUGCCCUUAUCUCUUGGGUGUUGAUCCAUUCGUCAUUUAUUAUGGUGCCGAGGUAGUUGUAGUGGGUCACUCUUGGAUGAGGUUGGAUUGUCAGUUGCCAAUGCUUCAUUUUUCAUAAAUAUUCGUUGUCUUCUGUGAUUGUAAUUAUACUUCUGAGACAUUAUAAUUUAAAAUUUUCAGUCAUUUGCAACCUCUAUCGAUGUGGAAAGAAAUUCAAGUCAUUUUGUUAAUAAACGGGUUGAUAUUACGGGUUUUUAUUUGGCUGUUUAAGAGACUGAAGAAGUAAAUAUUCUCAUUAUUUUCACUGAAAAGGUUUUUUUCAUAGACUAUUCAGUUCCAUAUUUCAUUUCGGUAUAAUACGAGGCUGAAAGAAUACUAAGACUGAAAGAUGAACCAAAUAGAAUUUAAUACUCUUCUAUCGUUAAUAUAUUUAUAUAAAAAAAUAAAAUUUAUAAAAAUAAUAGUUAUAAUACUACAGUUACAUUUAAACAUAUUUUUGCCAUUAAUCUUUCAUUGCUUGUUGGUCUACUAGUGGGAUUAUCUUUGACUUAGAACAAGUCUCAAAGAAUGUAAAGUAUGAUGGAUGGUAAAAAAGUCCCAUUCUGUUUACUCUAGAUACAUUUCAUACCGUUUUAGCUGUCUUCAUUGAAUUUUUUCUCAAUAUUUUGAAAUUUAGGUGUUUGUAUCAUUCUCCCUUCUUCCUUGUUCCAAUUGAGUCUUUUUUACUUUUUGUGACGUUUUUUGGUUGAGCACUUUUUGGAGCUUCCGUGGGUCUUUCGUUCCCUUUACAUUUUCCUUUUGUGAGGUUGCUAAAUAUUGUAUGAGCAACCCUUUUGUGUAGUGUUACUCUUGUUACCAAGUCGACUUUAUUGUUUUCACCGCUUGUUCACCGCAAGUCGCGCAUGUUUAAUAAACAAUAGAAUUUUUUAUACAUAUUUAACAGAAAAACUUUUGUGUCCAGCAACAUUCGAAACUGCGACACAUCAAAGGAAACUGUAAGUUACCACUUAAGAAAAACUUUAAAAUAUGAACACUCCGCCAACUGACACAGUCAGAGCUCUAAAAUCCUUGCUUUGACGUUUCUCUGAUGCGAUUCAUAUGGUUGCAACUCAUCGUAUUCAUUAAACUUCAAACUUCCAAUCAUCAACAAUAAUGAUAAUGAUAGUAAUUGGGCAAACAUAAGCUUACAGAAAAUCUCAAAAGAUUUUUACUAUAUUCCUAUUUAAUUUAUAACUGUGUGAUAUUUAAAGCAGCACUUUUUAAACCAUUUUAAAGACUAUUUCGUAUUUUUAGUUUUCGUUGACGAUAAAAAGACUGUCGUUCAAACCGGAGGAAUAAUUGGCAGUAAGGUAGUUUUGAAAUUCGAGAGUAAAUGUCUUCCGAGGAAAGUAUACUCUUAUUCACUUUCGUGAAAUAACAUUAGAAACAUUCAAAUGUCUUAAGAAGAGGGUAUGUUUUAAAAUUUUCGAUUUUUUUAUUAUUUUAAAUGAAGGUGUAUAACUUCAAGAAUACUCUAUGAAAAUUUCAGAUUGAUACGAGCAAAAUUACCAGAGACACAGCUUUUUAAAUAACCCUACCUUCGACUCACUGUGCAGCGGCUUUGAGGCAGUGCUCUUGAGCAUAGUGGGAAACGUUUAACAGCUGUUCCCCUUCUCUUUUGUAGAUUAUUACGCGAUUCAAAAGCAUAUUCCGGUAUGCAUCACUUUAGAAUCGUUAAUUCUAUGUGAGUAUUGAAAAUAAAAGUUGUCAAAAAUUUAAACGCGUUUUUUUUUUUCAAAACAGGAUUUUUUUAAGGCGGUGAACAUUGUAACUCAAAAGUACUCAACCGAUCCACCUGAAAUUUUGCAUAGAUUUUCUUUUAUACAUUUCGUGAGGAUACACUGUCGAGAUAUUUUUUGUUUAGCAAUAAUAAAUACAUUCAAUUCACCCUUUCAUAACAAAAGAAAUUCGUUUUCUCGACUUCUGAGUGAUACCAAAAACUAACUCAAAAAUCAUUAAAAAUAAAAUAGUUUUAAAAAAUUCACAAAAAUUUGCUUGAAAUAUUGAUUUUAAAACAUACCCACUCCCCUUUUAAGUUAUGCAUUUAAAUACUUUGUUUCAUCUUAAAAAAUCAAUCUGCCUGAAUGUUUCUAAUAGCACAUAUGUCUCAAAACAAAACCAUUUUGGAUGUUCCUUUAUUCCUCUAUACAGUUUGAACGACAUUAUAUCAAGUGGAAUGCUUUUAGAAGACAAAAAAUGGCUGGAAUUUAAAUGUAUUGUCUUACAUGUUUUCUACGAUUAAUUUCGAAUUUAUGUUGAUUUUACCUUCACAAGACUUUGUGAAAUUGUAUCAGUUUUAGGAGAUUAACUUUUUAGGUUAGACAGGGAUGAUUACCUUUAGGAUGACUUUUAGGACAGAUCAUAACCCUGUCACAAGCAUGUUGAUUACAACACGUGUAUUCUUGGUGCACAUAUGAUUCCUCUCACCGGUCAUACUGCAAUCGAUGUGUUGUGACUAAAACUAUAUUAAAAUCACAAUAGAGAUGCACUAGAAAUAAACAAACCAAGACACUUGAAUGUUACAAGGAGCACUACCAAAUCAUGAUUUACAAUGUAUAGACAUUGCAAAUCCGAAAUCAUGAUUUUUACAGAGUGUAUAAAUUAUUAAUCAUCAUUCGGGGAUGCUCCUCAUAACAUUCAAGUGCCUUAGUUUGUUUAUUUCUAGUGCAUUUGGCUCUCUUGCUUAUUUGAGUGGCUUUUCCACAGUGAUAGUUUGACUUGUUGGUAAUAAUAAUCUUUUAUUAGUACUGCAGAAAGGUUUUGACAAAUAUGCAUGUAAUAUGUUACAAAUUGGAACCACUUCAAAAUUACAUGAUGACUUACUGUCCACUCUUUAAGACUUUGAGCUUCCAAUUGUGGACAUUUAAAGCCAUUGGAACAUUUCUGGAAAAUAAUUACAAUUCUGCAGUGCAAAAAUUUUUUAUCAUAGCUAAUGGGUCGAACUUUCGAUCCUUAUAGUAGAGUCAUCUGUUCACACCACAAGUACAAAACUGUAGUAGAGGGGAAAAUGUUCGGUGAAAAAUUAUACCCAAAAUCCGUUUAUUUGUACAACUCUAACAACAUUCCACUUAUUGCAUUUUCAUAGCAAAAUUUGAACAAAUAAUUCCUUUUACACAAUAAUUUUCAGUAAAGGUAGCGUUUCGCAACAAGCGACAGAGACAGGCGACUGAUAGACGAGACCGAGACAUCAAAUGAACUGUCGCUCAGUAAAAUGAGUGCGCAACUGAGACAAGCGACAUACGCGAAAUGUGCUUCUAUAUUUCAGUGUAUCAGUGACUACAUAUUUUAUUUGGAAAUAAAGCCACAAUUUUGAUAACGAUUUCCGAAGUGGAAGUCGAAAUGCCAAAUAAAGUUAAUUUCAAACUAAAAUUUUGGCUUUAUUCCCAAAUAAAUAGUAAAUUAUAUAAGAUGCCACAACGAAAUAACUUCAGAACAAUAUUCAGUAUAUUGUCAGACGUAAGAAAAGUAUGUAUAUUGACAUCGAAACUAUUUUUAGAAAAGGUUACUAGAAGCUGAAAAUAGGGGAGGAAAGUAUGCUAAAUGUGCAGUCACUCGAGCGCUUUGGGGACCUAUUGGGUUGUGAAGAGUAGGUUCUAAAAUCAAAAAAAAGUUAAGUAAAAUUUUACAUUUUAGUGGGGACUUUCCAUUUUUAAUUUAAUUUUCCAUUUCCAACAAUCGUUUUUUCCGAUUAUAGCGCCAUCUAUCCAUAAUUCGAAAAAAUGUUUUGAAUAUAAGUUGCUUAUUUUUAUACAAAGAAUCCAAACCUCCAAAGUAUCCCCCACCCCACCUCCGUGGGGGGUCGUGUUUGGUACCAUUCGAUAGAUUUUUCAAAAAUAUUGAAUAAGUGUAUUUUGCGGUUUUUCGAUUUGAUGUUUAUUUUGCGAAAUAUCGCAGGAAUUGGUAUUUAAAAUUUUAAAUUUACCCCCACCUCUCUCCGUGGGGGCUCAUGUUUGGUAUUUUUCGAUAGAUUUUUGAAAAAUAUUGAACACGUGGUUUUUAGUUUUUCAAUCUGACGUUCAUUUCGCGAAAUAUUCGCUUUUUUUGUGAAACUUUUUGAAUAGCUCAUUUCCGUACGCUCCGCUCAAAUCGUCAGAUUUUUGAAAUAUAGGCUCUUUUGUAUGUAAUUAACUUACCUUAUCUUAAUCUGGCAAUUUCAAGUAUUUUUAAGGAUAGAUUUUUUUCGGGCCCCCUGAACGAACGCCCCUGUGUUAAGAGCCAAUAUAGGUAGAGGUACAUCUGCAGGGUACCACGUUUCUCCCCAUAUGAUAAUCUGACGCACUCGAGUAACUGCAAAAAUCCCCGCUUGGGCUCCCCUACCAAGAGGAAAAUGAUAUACUACAUGUUUCAAAUGAAAAGAUGAAGGUGUAUAAAUUCUAUAAGUAUUUAAAACGAUGUGCGAAGAAGGAUUUUACAUUUCCAGGACGAUAACAGCCUUGUAGGAUUCCACUUGAGGAUCAAAUCUCGCUGGGUUCUUAGCCAGUAACUCGCAUUAGCAAUUGGUCUUCCUCAUUAGUAAAUUUUAUUUGGGACGUUAUUAUUUUUAAUAAAAUACCAUGUACAAAUCGGUGCUACAACAAUCUUCACUACUGCUCUAGUACACUCUCUCGCUUGUCUCGGUCGUGGGCUACAGAACGACCCUGAUAUAAUUGCAUUGAGAGCAGACGUGGAGAGACCACAAUCUGUCUCCUGUUUCAGUCGCUUGUUGCAGAAUGGUACCUUAACAAACCAUUUGGAUAACAAAUAGGCAAUAUAGUUUCGAAUCUUAAACCAUAUCAUUGAUUGUGGUGUCUUGAUAUAAACUGCCAAGAGUUUAAAAACCUAUGUGUUCCUCUUUGUAAACACAAAUUAGAUGUCUAAGGUACUUGUUUUAGUUUAAUAUUACUAUGAUUAAUUUCUUGUAUCAAAUUAAGAAUUUCACAGCAAUAUUUAUAUGUAUAAUAUUUUUUAUAUAUUUCGACUUGUUUGUACGCCAUUCGAUAAUCUUGAUCUGAUAUUUUCGUUUUAAAAACUCUCUGUAAUGUUUGAGGUGAAUUAGAAAUUAAUUUUCUGUGAUGCAGUCUGAUUAUGACUAAUUUUCUGGUAAUAAUUUAAAACGAAAGGUUUUGGAUGAUUCCUUAUUAAAGAAAAUCACCCAAAGCUAUGGUUUGUUUUUUAACCAAGAUGAGUGAUUCAAAUUUACCGCGCUCUAUUACUUGUUUGUAAUUGGUUCAACUGCAGGCAAGUUUACUCCACUGUUAUAAAAUUUUGACACUAAUGACGUUUAUCAAAUUUUGACACUACUGACAUUUCAUAGGUUAAUUAAGUUAUAUCGGCGAUUUUUGUUAGUUAUUCCUUUAUAGUUAUAUUCCUUUAAUUUUUAGAUUGUUAGUCUGCUUUUAUAUAAAAAGCAGUUGUUUUUGGAACUCUUUAGCGACUUAUUAAUUUAAUAUAAUAUUUAUGGAUUACCGUUGAGGGCCGACUAGAUCAACCAAAAAAGAAGAUGUAUUUGGUUAUUAUUCUAGUGACUUUCUUGUGUGUGAAUCUGUCUUUUUAAGUUUACUCCUGGUAAAAAAUAAACUAUAGUAAAAGUGUAUUCGCUCCAUUCAUGACUGACGCGACACCUAGCAUCAUAACCUGACAUUUUUGGCAACCACAAUUUGACGUUAAGCAUGUGAUACAUAUGACAUAUUUGACUUUAAUAUGUAAUAUUUAUUUACAAUUUUUAAUAAAAUUUGUUGUACUGACAUUACAAAGAGUCGCCAAAAUUGUCAUAUUUCGCCGCUACAAACGCUGGCAUCGUUUCGUGUAUUCCCACCGUGGUCACGCACAGAGCGAAUAAAAACAAUAUUUAUCUGUAUCAAAAAUGAGCAGCUAGGUUUAAACAUAAUGAAGAAAUGAUUCACGUAAAGACCGAACUAAAACAGUAAAAACUAAAGUUGUUGACAUUUUUUCUUUGCGUUAUUUCCAUGGUGGUAUCUUUAAGUAGGAUCCUGAAGUCUACUCAGAUGGCAAUUCAAAACACUCGGAAAAGGCACGAGAAAAACUUUUCAAGGUCAAUUACUUCCAUCUUAAAUGAUAUUUUAAAGAUGGCGUUCUCAAACGAUUCUAGAAGAUAUUUUCAAGGUGAUUAAUUUUUAACUAAUUUCUUGACAAUUCUUCUCCCUUUCUGUCAUUUCUGUUGUGACAUGAUUCUGAAGAUAAUGAUCUGUGUAGUUCUCUCAGAUGGAACCUUCAAAACACUCUUAGAAAAGCUAUGAGAACUGUCACAAAAUUGACCAAUUUCUGGGCAGUUCUUAUGUCUACCAUUUCCCAGAUGGUAUCUUUGAAUAAGAUUCUGAAGAGAUUGAUUCGUAUAGUUUGUUCAACUGUCGCCUUAAUUCGGCUCAGAAAAGGCAUAAGAAAAAGUUUCCAAGGUUAAUUAAUUUCUUGAUAAAUGUCGGUUUCUGUCAUCUCAUCUUUUUAAAUUGAGAUUCCAAAUAUAAUGAUUUUUAUAGUCUGUUCAGAUGGCACUUUCAGACGACUCAGAGGCAUAAAAAGAAAAGCUUUCAAGGUCAAUUAGGACAUUUCUCAACAAAUUUUUUAACAUUUCUUCUGCCAUUUCCAUGGUGGUAUCUUUAGAUGCGAUCCUGAAGACAAUUAUCUUUCUGUUUUGAAGCCUGCUUAGAUGACAUCUUAAAAGGUUUCGGAAAAAGUUUCUGUUGUGGCAUGAUCUUGAACCUAGUGAUCUGUGUAAUUCCAUCUCAGGUGGAACCCUGGGACAACUCUCAGAAAAGGUAUGAGAAGAAGUUUCAUAAAAUAACUAUUCUCAACUAAUUUCCUGACAUUUCUUCUCUCUAUCAUUUCCGUGGUGAUAUCAUUGAAAUGAGAUCUUGAAGAUAAUUAUCUUUCUAUUCUGAAGGUUUCAGAAAAGGCAAAAGAAGAACUUCUGUCAUUUCCAUCAUGAUAUCUUUAAAUGGGAUCCUGAAAGAAAUACCUUUCAUAUCUACUUAGAUGACAUGUUAAAUCACUCAGAAAGAAAAGACAAGAAGAAUAAAAAGAACUCUCAAAAUUGACUCUUCUGGUAACUUGUUUUAGGUUUAUUUCUAUGCCAAAUCAAUAGCUUUAUUGUCAGAGCGUUGAUUUUGCGCAGUAGUGGACCUAUACUAGUAAAACAUUCCCGGUUAAAACUGUGUAACAUAAAUAUUUAUGAUAUAUAGUCCGUCCGCUAUAACUUUUCCCAUGCGGUACGAUUAAUUUUCAAUCAAAUUAAGUCAAAACAUAAAUUGAAACGAACGUCGAUGUGUAUAUACAUUUUGUAUACUAUAUACUACACACAUCGACGUUCGUUUCACUUUCUGUUUUGACUUAAUUUGAUUGAAAAUGAAUCGUGCCGCAUGGGAAAAGUCAUAGCGGACGGACUAUACCUGACAUCACAUACAAACUCUUAGUGUACAUGAAAUUCUUGCUCAUGCGCAUUUUGCUUUUGUGGAGAGCAAAAAACGAUGAAAAUUUUUUGAUAUUGUUUUUGAUACCAUUUACAAUGUAGUAUUUACUUGACAAGACUCUGAAUAUAAGCUCAAAACGCACCAUGUAUCCAAAAUAAUAUCGACAAUGUCUAAGACAUCGUUAAGAUGAAAGUAGCAGAACAAGUUUUGAUAAUGGCUUAAUUGACUUAUUUCACGUUGUUCAAGAUACUCAGCUAUAUAAUAAACUAUAUAAGGCUGGUACAGAAGUAAUUUAAGUAUAAAAAAUAUCACAUUUUAUUAACUACUCUUUUUGUCAAUUGUUAGUAAUUUACGUCUAUAAGAUUGUAUUGUUCUUUCCUUGUAUUUAAUUUAAGCUUUUAAGUUUGCAAUUGUCGUGCGUUUAGGGUUUCGCAAUUUUCAAAACGGGUAAAAAGACCUGUUGCAUUCGAAAGAAACUUUAAACGCUCGAACCUAUGAUGUGAUAUUUGAUUAAAUGUCAUGUAGUUACAAAAAAUGCAUUAAAAACGGACAAAAAGAAAUGUUAGACAAAUUACUGACGUGCCAAGAUCAAUAUAUCUACGAAUAUUCCAACUCUAAAUGAAUCUAGAAUUGUGACGGGGUGUAUUUUUUAGAAAUUUUUUAUUCAAAAUGUCAGAUCAGAAGUUUCAGCCCCGCAAAAAGGAAUCAUACAUAUUGUAAACUGUUUUAUUUCAGACAUCUACUCAGGAAAGUCCAUAAGUGGACUUUUCUAAGUAGCUGCUACUUGUGAAAUUACUGUCUUGCUGUGUUGGCGCAAUUUUUUCAAAAAUAAUUAUCAAAAUGUAUAUAUUAUACAGUAAGAACUCUACUAAACGAAGAAUAUUCUUAUUUAAACUUAGUUCUUAGAAAACAUUGAUGCUUUGGUUAGUAUAGAUGUGUCGUUUUAGGUGUUUGACAUAUCGUAAGCUAACCUUAAAUGUAGUGCUACGUGUUGACGUGCCAACUUUGACGUAAUAAUAGAAUAUUCUUCUUUAUGUACCAUGUCCUUUCAGAACGUUGGUUACCUUCAUAGCUACCUUAAUAUUAUUCACUGCCGCACUAAAUAGUAUGUUUGUAUCAAUACCAUACCAAUCUCAGCAAGUUUUUCAACCGUGAAGUAUUUCUUCGUCCUGGACUGCGAUUGCCUGCUAUUUUCCGUUGCAUAAUAUUUUGUAGCAACCUAUAUUUGGGACUUCCCAUUACAUGUACUGCAGCUUUCUCUUCUUGAUGCUUUUUAUAUUCUCAAUAGUCUUGCCGAGACGUUCUAGUACAGUCGAACCCGCUUAAUGGAAUAGCCUUCGUGCUAAGCAAAAGUAUUCCUAUAACCGGGAUAUUCUAACAAACAAUCAUUGUUGACUAGUAAAAACGUUUUGGCACCUCAAAUUUCUAUUCCUUAAACCGGGAUAUUCCUAUAACAGGUAUUCUAAUAAGCGAGUUCGACUGUAUUCUGAAAUUUUGAAUCUUCUCCACCGAAGAAACUUUUAAAAUAUUCUUCAAUAGCGCCACAUUUCGAAAGCCUUAAGGUGACUUAUAUCAUUUAUGUUUUCUAUAUUCGUCGUCUGCGGUCUUAUAAAUUGUAAAAGUCUCAGAUUAAGGAUGUACCAGAAAGAACUUUCCAACACGAAAAGUUUCAGAUUUAAAUAACUAUUUACCAUUUGAGACUCUUCAAUUUGUUAAGAGAUGUCGCUGUAUCGCGUCCCAAGGGGAAAUUCAAUGAUUUUUGAAAUUCCCCUUAAAUUGAUGGUUGAGCUAUUUUUCGAUUCAGAAGAAUGCACGCUAGCGCUGUUGAUAAAGCCUGAAAUGGUGGAAACAACUGUCCGGCGAUUGUGCAUCCCUCUGAAUCGAAAACAAGCAAAACCAUCUUUAACUAGAUCAUUUUUAUUCACAGUCCAAGACUCGACACCAUAAAGUAAGACUGAGAAGAUUAACAUUUAAAAACAACAUUCUUUCACGACUUUCUUUCACGACUUUCUUCACAUUUUCCGGUGUAAUUGGAUCGGUGGGCCGUCCAGUACAUGAUUCAUCCAAUGUAGAUAUAACACCACUUCUAAAUUCACGGAACCAAAAUUUGGCAGUGUAUUCUGAAGAAGCAUUAGUCCCAUAAUGUUUAAUGGGAAAUCGAAAAUCGUAUGUGUCAUUUUUCCAAUCAACUUGCAGCUGUCAAAAAUAUACCAAUGGUCGCAUCGCGCUAAAAUUUGACAUAACGUCUAAACAAGGUUAUACUUCCUAGAACCAAAUACGGACUGUAAUACAUACAACUCUUGACAUUUCCCAUUACAUUUGAGGAAGCAAAAAAAUAGCGCCAUCUAGGCGGUGUACGGUGAUAACCAGAGCAAUCUAACCUUACAUUUAUAAAAUUGCUUUAUUAUUGUUUUUGUAUAAGUGUAUUUUUAUUUUAAUUUAAUUUAGCAAAAUUAGCUUGUUAUUCAAAAAUUUAUAAAAUUAAAUUUUAAUGUUUACGUCAAAUUUUACGUUGUCACAACGUAGUUUCACCGCAAGCCGACAGUGCGCUAGUGGCAACGUGCUUCAAGAUCGCUGUGGGAGUUGGAUGUAUUACAGUCAAUAGUAUUUGCAAGAACUAAUGUUUUUUUGAAGAUCACACACAGCUACUUAUCAUUCCCCCAGAUAACUGCGUAUGACUAAAAAAGAAACUUUUUUUUAUUGAUUUUUUAUGUUAUAUUUCUAAGAAAUUAAUAAGAAAUAUCGAACAUUUAUGAUUCCUAUUUCAUUUUACUGGAACUUCCGAUCUGAUUGCGAAUGUUUCGUACAGAAUAAACCUCAUCUAGACAUGAUGCCACUCAGUUUUAUAUUGUUUUAAUAAAUAAUUUUAUAAUUGUACAAUCUCACUGAUAAUUUAACGCCUUUUUGUAAAUUGAUGUUCCAAAAUUUUGUACCCCCUUUUUAAAUGUUAGGCCAAUUGUAACUAAUUUUUUAAUUGAGUGAAAAUAUUUUUGAUAUAAUAAAUCAAAAAUAUGAAAAAAAAAUGGCGGGCUGUAUCUGAUAUGUUCGACUAAUGGUGUCAAUUUUUCACAAAAUAAUAUGUCGUCGACUUGUAGACUAUCCAAAGUUUUUCUAAAAAAGAAAAAAAUUGAAAAAAAUUCGAAAUUGUAUUAGUAAAUUUUAAAUAUAUUUUUAAAAAGUGUAAUGGUUUAUUUUUAAGUUUAAAUGAUCUUAACAGUCCAGAUUUUCUGCCUCUAACGACUAUAAAUGCAAGGAUGUCGAAUUUGACACAUUUUUAAAUAAAUUUCUCAGUAUAUGUGCAUAGAAACAUUGUAUUUUUAUUAUUGUCGGAUUAGUUUUGAUAGUUCUCAAAAAAAUCUACAGAAAUUGUAAAAUCAAAAUAUUUAUGGACUUUUUAUCCAAAUUUUUUUAUUGCUUUGUCACAUGAACGCUUUUUAUACGAUUUCCAAGUUCUUGCAUUGUUGUGGCGUAUUUGUCGUUACUUACAAAUCAAAAUCACCUGAAACUGUGAUAUGUUCUUCUAGUCCAGGACGCAUCUGUUUUGAGAUGGACGUUGAGAGGUGACUCAAUUUUUUUUGCAGAAAUUGCUUGAAAAUAACUCAAAUAAUAAUAUUUUAGUUAUCCUUCCACUCAAAAUGGUCCGGAACAUUGUUUAAAUAAUCAAAAUGUCAAAAUAUGAAGGAAAAAUUCGAUUUUUUUUGGUUUUUUGAUUAUAACUUUAAAACUAUUCGUUUCUGAGAAAACUUGUAGUGACAUAAAAGUUGCGUAAUUAAAUUUCCUAUAAUACAGAAUUGGUUAAAAAUUUAAAAAAUAGUCACCCUUGUUGCAAAAUAGCAAUAAUUGCGAAAAAAACCAUACAAAAACAAGUAUUUGCAUUUUAUGUUUUUCGACCAUUUACGCUACACUUAGGACCUUCAUAUUUUACCUAGAAAAACUAUAUGAUAUACUAAAACAACACUGUAAAUUUCAUUAAGAUCGGCUUAAUGGAUUUUGCAAAAUACAUUUUGCAAUCCAGCUUUCGCAAAAAAAUUCAUUUUUUUUUAAAUGUUGCAAGACUGAAAAUAAAGCAGAUAGCAAGUUGAAUUUUUUUUUGCUUAUAGAAGUGGACUGUACCUUUCAUUUGCAAAAUUAAAAUCGAUUAAUUACCACGGCGGGCGUCAGGAAAUUUUUUAAAUAAAUAUUAAUUUUUGGUGCUACGCGCAGGACAGCGGUGUUCGAUUCACACAAGUUGAUUUCCACCAAAAUUUCUUUAUCAAUAUAUUAUUUUCUUACUCUAUAUUUUGUUGUAUGUAUUUUAAUAUUUUAAUUCCACAAAAAUCAAACUUAUUUUAUUAUUGUUUAUGAAAUAUUGUUUAAACAAUUGCAUAUAGGUAAAAAUAAUAAACUUUUAUUCUCUAAGUUAAAAAAUAUGAACAAAGAAAGUUUUUGCUAAAAAAAGUGUUAUUUCAAAAGAUAGAGUAUGUGUUUUUAUUUUGCAAUAAACAAAUUUAUUUAUUUAUUUAUAUCGAAAUGUAAUAAAAAUUAAAAUGUAUCAAACUAUCCGCUGUCCUGCGCGUAGCACCAAUAAUUAAUGUUUAUUUAAAAAAAUUCCUGACGCCGUGGUAGUUAAUCGAUUUUAAUUUUGCAAAUUGCAAAUGAAAGGUACAAUACACUUCUAUACGCAAAAAGAAUUUCAACUAUCUGCUUUAUUUUCAGUCCUGUAACAUUUUGAAAAAAUGAUUUUUUUUUGCGAAAGCUGAAUUGCAAAAUCUAUUAAACCGAUCUUAAUGAAAUUUACAGUAUUGUUUUACUGUAUCAUAAAGUUUUUCUGGGUGAAACAUGAAGUUCCUAAGUGUAGCGUAAAUGGUUGAAAAACGUAAAAUGCGAAUACUUGUUUUUGUAUGUUUUUUUCGCAAUUAUUGCUAUUUUGCAACAAGGGUGACUAUUUUUUAAAUUUUUAACCAAUUCUAUAUUAUUGGAAAUUUAAUUACGCAACUUUUAAGUCCGUACAACUUUUCUUGGAAAUGAAUACUUUUAAGUUAUAAUCAAAAACGAAGAAAAAAAUCGAAUUUUUGCUUAAUUUUUUUGACAUUUUGAUUAUUUAAACAAUGUUCCGGAUCUUUUUGAGAGAGAGGAUAACUCAAAUAUUAUUUGAGUUAUUUUCAAGCAAUUUCUGCAAAAAAAAAUUUGAGUCACCUCUCAACGUCCAAAUGCACUAAUAUUUUUACAGAUGCGCCCUGGUCUAUUCGUACUAUUGCUUAAAUGAUAGUUCUGAAAGUUUUCUUCUUCAGCUAUCGAAUCUUUUGUUAACUUUUUCAUUAUAGCCUUAUUCAUUUUUGUCGUUUCUUUCUACUGUUGUUGAGAGUUCCAGAGAGAAAUAUGUGAAUGAUCAAUUUUUUUUUAAAUAUUCUCAAAGAUUUCUCAGUUACACCAUCUUCUUAGCCUUCUUCAUCGUAUGCGUAACAGAAUUUUAAUUUCUGUAUUCUCUUUAUUCUCUUCCUUUAUUGACACUCUUUAUGACUUCAUUCAAUAGCACAGGGCUUAGUGAAUCACCCUUAUUCCAUUGUCUAUAGGUUCCGUAAGUUGUCCAUUUCUUUUGACUUUCAUCUUAUUGUUUUCGAUAUGAGUUUUCAGUUGUUUUUAUAUUUUCCAGCGGGAUCAUCUUUUCCUUGAUGUGUCUAUCCGUAACGAAUGUUGGCGAUCAUCGUGGCAACCUUGUAAAGCUGCACAGAUGUUGUGUUGAACCAAGUUCUGAAGUUCUUUAACCAGGAUGUUCUUCCUGAACCUCGCUCUCCAAAUAUUUUUCCCUGGCCUUUUGGCUUUGCCAGUGCCAUUAACUUAGGAAAAAUAGGUUUCCUUGCAGGAGGGCUUGUAGGAGUUUAAAUCUGGAUUAAUUUCGCAUAAUGUGUCUUUUGAAACCUUUUUUGAAAAACAUGUAUAAAAUUGUAUCAAAAAACGAAAAAAUGCGGUUUUUUAUUUUUAAAGGUGCGUUUCACCAAUUUAAAAAAUUUGAAAAAAUUCAGGGUGAAACAUUAUGCAAAAAUACACGUUAUAUAUUUUUUUCGUGAAAACGAAUGUCUUAGUUAAUUUUUUAUACUCAUUUAAAAUUUUGAAAUCGUUCUAAAAUUUAAAUUUCCCGCCAAAAAUUAAAAACAAAAUUUUUUUCGGAUAGAACUUUUUAAAGCUUACAACUUUUUUAUUUUAAGUUUUUUAAGUUUUUUUUUUUAAGUUUUUCGCUAGUUCUCGAUGCGGCUGAAAUAAAAAAUAAAAACAUAAAAACCCUAAUUAGGCUCUAGGUGGGUCACAUGACCACCUAGGGGGCUAAAAAUUUCAGAAAGUUAAUUUCACUAUAUAUGCUAAACGGUGACCUAUAUGGAAUUCGAAUCGGGUUGGGGGCACUUUUCAUCAUCUUACCCGGCUAGGCCCUUUUAGUUCUAAGUUUCAAGGUAGCAAAUUGGUACCCCUGUAGUUUCUGGUUGUUUCUUAUCACUCUUUUUAAAUAAUAGGAUUAGCUCGUGAAAUAUAUUAAUUUUGAUUAAAAGCUCCUUAAAAAUAUAGCAUAUUUUCCGAAUAUGUCUACUGUACGUAACUCUUACCUGUCCGGCCUAUUUAGCUAGAAAAUAUAAAAUGUACAACUCGGCAACACUGUACAGCUAUAAAUUUUGUAUGCCAGUACUAAAAUACAACUGGUUGUCGAUAAAACAGGAAUCUACUAUUGAUGGAUGACGUUUACGACUCAGUAGUUCAUUUGUACUUUCCUUGUCACUUCCAUGCUUGUGAGAUACAUACAUAGAAAUGUCAGUGUUGCUGAGGUGUAUCUCUACAAACUGAUCCUGAUAUAUUAAAAUUUUAAUUAGUGAAUAAUUGAGUCUGUUAUCGUAUAACCAAAUGAUAUAUUUAUUCGAUGUUUCCCUCUUCGUUGAAAUCACCAAAUAUAAACACCAUUUUAAUGUUCAUGUAUUGGUACCCUUGUAUAUUGGAGCAAAAAUCCAAAAUAUUACAAAAUUUAUUUAAAAAAGUUAAGAUUUAAAAUAAUUUUUUGUAAUGUAUUUAUUAGAACGAAUUCUAUUUUAUAAUAUAUGUGAAGAAAAAUAUAUGUGUUUCACUAAAUAAUAAUGAGAGAGCUCUUAAGCAACAUCACAGCUUUAUCAUUCGAUGGCUUGCCACGAAAUGUUACAUUCUACGCCACUUUACCGAGUAGAAGAGUGGACGUUAACAGCAGCAAUUAUAAAAAGUUCGAGGCUUUAGAAAUGUGGCUGUACCGACGCAUAUUGAGAAUUCCUUGGGCACACAGGGUGAUCAACACAAAGGUAUGAAACGAGUGGAUCAAGAGAUGGAAAUAUUAACUGUCAAAAGGAAGCACAUCAUACCUGAGUAAAUAAAAUAAAUAAAUAAAGCGAAUAAAUCUAACUUUGAAGUCCACUAAACUACUGGCUAAAUGGGCAUAGCUCCCAAGGGCCAAAAAAAAAAAGUCCACUAAACUAUAAAGUCGACAUAUUUUUCAUCUAUUGAAGAAUUUUGAGAAAUUUCAUAGGUUUUUCAAGAUCUACUUACGGGCAAAAAGCAAAUUAGAUGUUAGAUCAGCUCAUAAAAGUGUUCCUCUCUCAUGAAAACUCACCAAAAAUUGUACGAAUCCUCAGAAAAUCCACACAAAAUUCUCACAUGGUGAAUUUUUGUACAAAUAAUGACUGAUAGUGUUAUUUUGCGCUCAAUACUGUUAUCAGAGUUCCCUAUGUACUCGGGUAUGCGGGUAUCCACCCUCGGGAAACAUCUUAGGGUAGUUUGGGGGUAGUUACCCUCGACCAAUAGGGGUUGAUAAUUAAACACUAUUGAUAACUACUUGUUUAUUACCAGACCACAGUAAAUAGUUGAUGUGCUCACGGUAAAACCAUCUACGGGUGCAUCUGAAUUAAGAAUGAUAAUUGAUAAACGAAUGAAUCACGAUGCCUUGCUGUAUAUAUAAACAAACUUGUAACAUGUAGUAUGUUUAUAUUGUCGACUCAGCUUUGGCCAUGACUUACGAAAAUAUUGAUUAUUUGACGAUGCAUUAUUGCCGACUGGUGUUUCUAACAAAUCUAGGUGACCUACUUAAUUGUAAACAAAUGUGUAUGUUUUGGUUUUGUUUCUAGGACAUUUAAGAAUUAAAUGAAUAUGUCUUGAUCUUAAUUUUGGAUGUUGAUAAACCCUUACACGGGCGCAGGAGUGCUACAUCAGAUUUUAAAAUGUACGUAAUUACGUAAGAAAUUUUAGGGGGGUAUUCUUUGGGAGGCAAGGUAGAAGUGGAUAGAUGCCAGAAAACAUUCGCUCGCUGAGAACAUUAGUGACGUAACUCAAAAAAUACCAAUUGUGACUUAAUCUAUUAAACAUACUCCUAAUAUUGAACUUGAUAUUAUGCUUUAAUGACGGAAGUCUCGAUACGUCAGUAAUACUCUUUGACUUUUAGUUCCACUUCUGCAUGCAUUAGUGACGCAAGUCACUUUACUACAAACUACGUUUUUGAAGUCACUUUACUACAAAACGUUUUUGAAGUUACGUCACUAAUGUUUUCACCAAGCGAUAUAUUGCUUCAUAAUUUGUCUCUUAAACUUUGUGAAAAGAUUACUAGAAGAACUAUUGAUGGAAAUCCAUAAAGAAUAAAAAAUAUAACGUAAGGACAUGAAAAUAUAGUAUAUGUAAUGUGACUUUCUACAAGCAGUUAAUUCUUAGUGAAUAAUUGUAGAAUUUGUACAUUUUAUAUAAAUGAUGUGAAAACAAGUACUAAAUGAAGUCCCCUUUAAAUUUUGAACAGCUGUAAAUACAGUAAAUAUUUUCUUAAAUAAAUAAAUAAAUUCAUUAAUCUUAAUUUUUUAAAUAUUACCUAAAUUUUGAAAUAGUCCUUUUGAAAAAACACAUCUAAAUUCUUUUUAGAUCGGAAAAGUAAGGGUAUCAUAGGAAAAUAGAUCAAGAAGAAGUAGCUUACGUAACUGCCUGCAAAAAAGGUGGAAACCCGUUUUACAAUUUAGACAAAUCGCAUAAAAGAGUGUAAAGUAUUUCUUCUGUAAGUGGUAAUAAACUAACUACAAUGCUAUUCCUGGGCAAUACUAGAACAAUAAGUUAUUUCUUGGUGCUUUUAUCUCAAAGGAUAAAAUAAGGUCUAAACUCAUAAUUCGUGAGAAUCUUAUGAAAGAAAACUCUUGUGCUUUAUGAACGACAAAUCGUAUCAACACCAUUUUUUUAACAUUUCAGCUGUAUCCAAAAGUAUCUUCCAUAUUAUAAAAGUACUGUAUGCGAUGAAAGUCUUUCACUUGCUUGAACAUUGGGAAAUAGAAGAUUUGUUUACGGAAUGGUAGUAAUAAGUGAAGGGCUUGGACAACCCUAGAGAACAUAACUACUUUAAAAAUUUCGAUGAUUUUUAAUUUAAUAUACUCCGUAUUUAUUAGAGUUGGUAUGGUAUUGGAUGUAGAUUUGCAGAUUGAGCAGAAAUUGAAUUGAUUUUUUUUAAGCUUUUCCUCAUCUUAUUGACCAAUUUCUGACUCACUUCAGUAAGUCUUCAUUCACUUUACCUUAAGACAAUUUAUAUAUUUCUAGUACACUGUCUCAUAUUAUGUAAAGUAAGUAUAUUAUUCAUAUUUCUAGCACGAGUUUUACCACAGCUUAAUAUUGAAGAAUAUUGCUGAACACAACGUCCUAAAACUAUCAUAAAAUGAUUUUGCCAUAUUUAAAAUGGUUUUUUUAUAUAUUUUUUUAAUAAUAUUGAGAAACCUUUCAUAAGCUACUCGUAACUUACUGACAUGCUGUAGCAAAAAAUAAUUAAGGACAAAUAAAUAAAAUAACUCAUUAAGGGGAAAUGAGCAAAAUGUCUGUCAAAAUUUUAAAUGUGUUUUAUGUAUUCAUUUUUUUUUCGAAUUAUGAGAAAACUAAUAAGUAUUUUUGAAAAAUUUAAUCGCAAAAUCUUUAAUGAAAGUCCCUUAGAAUAAAUUUAAAAAAAAUUUUGAAUGAAAUAUUUGCAAUUAAAAAUCACACUAAAUUUUCUCUUUUAUUUUCACCCCUGUAACUUAUUAAAAUAAACAUAGAAGUUUCCAGGGACUUUCGGCCCUCGGUAAUAAUGUAAUCUUUCAUUCUGCGUUAAAAUUUUUCAAAAAUAUUUGUGAAUUUUCUCAGGAUUCGAAAAAAAUUAAUACAUUUAAAACACAUUGAAAAUUUUGACAGGCGACAUUUUGCGCCUUUCCCCUUAAACUAUGUGACCGAUCGCUUUAAAAUUUUGAGCAUAGUUUAAGCACAGCGAGACCCAAUAUUCCACGUAAUAUUAAGGUUCACAGUUGAUGCUAAUAAAAGUUGUUAACAUUUAUAAAAACCGAAAUUUCUAACUUAUUUUGCAAUUUUCCAAGCAACAAAUACGGAUAAAAUAUUUCAACAACAUUUUUGUUUACUUUAUUAAUAUUUUGUAUUUUGAUAACGAGGUCGGAAGUGGAAGUCGAAAUGUCAAUAAAUUAAUUGUUCAAGUUAACUUGUGAUUUAUUUCCCAAUUAUAAUAAUAAAUUAAAUGCUUAAUUACUAACAAUAUUAGUUCAUCUACACUCACCGGCACGAAAAACGGGCACCCCAAAAAAUGGGUCAUUUUUGAUGCCUCGUAUCUCCUAAACCUGUUGUCCGAUUUAAAUAAUUGUUUUAAUAUUUUAUAGCCUUAUUCUUGAACAAUAUUGCUGUAAUAAUAUUGUUGCUAGACAGGUAAAUUUUCAUUGCAUACCGGGUGUACCAAUCAAACUCUGAUUUUUUCUCAACGUUCGCAUCACCCUGUGGAAUAUUCUAGCAUUUAUAAAAUAAUGAAAUUAAAACCUACAUAACUAUAGAGUCAGCUUUUCUUAACAUUCUGUUUUUUUAUUCAUUCGCUUAUGUUGGAUAAUAAAAAAGUUAGGGACUUUAACAACUAGCCAUGUUCUUUAUCAAUACAGGGUGUUUCUAAAUAAGUCCGACAAACUUUAAGGGGUAAUUCUGCGUGAACAAAUAAUGACCCUUUGCUUUAUAAACCGAGAUACGGGAUGUUGAAUUUUUUCUUACAAACUGACGAUUUAUUUAUUACUCUAAAACCUGUUGAGGUAUGCAAAUGGAAUUUGGUAGGUUUUAAGUGGUAGAUUUGCGCAUUUUUUCACAUAUAAUUAAAAAUUUUAUAUUCACCAUUGGCGUGCAUACGGGUCAUAUUACGCGAAUGCACGCCAAUGGUGAAUAUAAAAUGUUUAAUUGUGUGUCAAAAAACGCGCAAUAAUUACCUCUUAAAACCUACCAAAUUUCAUUUGCAUAUCUCAACCGGUUUUAGAGCAAUAAAUAAAUCGUCAGUUUGUAAGAAAAAAUUCAACAUCCCUUAUCUCGGUUUAUAAAGCAAAGGGUCAUUAUUUGUUCACGCAGAAUUACCCCUUACAGUUUGUCGGACUUAUUUAGAAACACCCUGUAUUGAUAAAGAACAUGGCUAGUUGUUAAAGUCCCUAACUUUUUUAUUAUCCAACAUAAGCGAAUGAAUAAAAAAACAGAAUGUUAAGAAAACCUGGGGCUAUAGUUGGGUUUUAAUUUCAAUAUUUUAUAAAGGCUAGAAUAUUCCACAGGGUGUUGUGAAAAUUGAGAAAAAACCCAGUUUGAUUGGUACACCCGGUAUACAAUGAAAAUUAACCUGUCUAGCAACAAUAUUAUUACAGCGAUAUUGCUAAAGAAUAAGGCUAUACCAUGUUAAAACAAUUAUUUAAAUCGGAUACCAGGUUUAGGAGAUACGAGACAUCAAAAAUGACCCAUUUUUUGGGCUGCCCGUUUUUCGUGCCGGUGAGUGUAUUUAUAUAGCAAACUUUAAAUAAUUUUAUUAUUUCCUUUGCUUAAUCGUUCUGUUUAUGAAAAAUGUUCGAGUUAUCAGAUGAGAUGACACUUGUUUUGGUCAUAAAUUUCUAUGUGAAGGUUCUAUGAAUUAAUAAUGAAAAUCCAAUGGAUAAAAAAUCGCUCCCAGUAAAAAAAUAAAUAAUUCCCAAUGUUCAACCACCGCUGAGUUCACCAAGGUUUUAGUCGCAUACAGUAUUCAAAAAACCUACUGCUUCUUGUAGAAGUACUUAACUUUUGCCACGUCGUGUCGGACGAAUUUAUAUGACUUAAUAAAUCUUUGUCCACAAAUUUUGGGAACAUAAAUGUAUAGCUAGCCAAAUCUAAAUCUUAAAUUCUUAUAAAGAAAAAUGUUAGUAUCUAUUUAAUUGUUACUAAUAAUGCAAUAAUAUAUUAAACAACAUUUGUUAUAUAUAUUAUUUGUUAUACACUACUAUAGAGCGUUUCACUUUAAGAAUGAAACGUUGCAGAUACAGGGCCAUGUAUUUCUUAUGGACGAUACAAGCGCGCCGAUGCCACGCCGUCUGAUUGAGAAUGAAUCAUACAGCGGUAAUCUAGUAACAACACAUGCCUGAGAGUUUUGGCAAUACUGAUCUGCAUAAGCCAAACAUUCCGUUCUUAAUGUGAAAUAAGGUAUAGAAGAUGUUUGUAUUUCAGUCAAGUUUUCUGCAACAUCGAUAGAGCAAAUUGCCAAAUUUUGUGCGCAAACUUCACCAAAGUAUCAACUAUCUAGAUCGCUCUAUCAUUUUGUUAAAAGGCUCUUCUCAUAAAAAUUGACUAAAAUUACAAUUGAAUCUUAUACUACAAGAAAACUAAUUGGUAAAUAAAAAAUUAUUGCAUUUUGUAAAUUUGUAUGUUGUUUAAUUAAAGUACUUAUGCGUUUUUAAACAGUAUAACAAAUUUUUAAGAAAUUUAUCUUUGUAAACUGAAUUUUCUUGUAGUAGAUAUUUACAACCUACUGUGGCAAUGACUUAAACAUUGGUAUUGUAUAAUAAGAUGCCAUAAUUUACUUGUAUUAUUUUUCUUUUAACUGAAGUCAAUAAGGUUCCUCGAAAGCUAUGUAUAUUUCAGCCAUUUUACAAGUGUUUUCUUUAAACCAAAAUGCAUUUAUACAUAAUAUAUUCAAAAGUCAUAAUAAGACAUCACUGCUAUUCAUCUUCUUCUUAAAGUGCCUAUCCGUUCCGGAUGGUGGCGAUCAUCAUGGCUAUCUUGACUUUGUUCACCGCAGCGCGGAACAGUUCAGUGGUAGUCGUGUUAUAACACUUUCGUAAAUUUUGAAGCCAGGAAAUGCGUCUUCUUCCCGGUCCUCUUUUACCAUUUACCUUCCCUUGGAGAAUCAGUUGGAGAAGGCCGUAACGUUCUUGAUUUCAAAUUACAUGUCCUAGAUAUUCUAAUUUUUUUUGUUUUGAUGGUUAUGAGAAUUUCACACUCUUUCCCCAAUCUACGCAGGAUUUCCACAUUAGUAGAUCGGUCAACCCAGGAUAUACGUAAGAUGCGCCUAUAACACCACAUUUCGAAAGCUUCGAGCCGAUUCAUAGAUGCAACAGUUAUUGUUCACGCUUCCAUUCCGUAGAGCAGAACUGUGAAUAUGUAGCAUUUCAACAGACGGUAUUUUGUUUUUAAUGAUAUGUCUCGACUGUUUUCGAAACUGUUUGCCAAAAUCAAAAUAGAAGACCAGUUGACUGAUAAAAUUGCAAUAGAACGAGGAGUACGACAGGGCUGUAUUUUAUCUCCACUACUAUUCUAUAUUUACUCUGAAGGGUAUUUAAGGAAGCUUUAGACGGUUGUGCGAAGGGAAUAUUAAUAAAUGGUGAAUGGUUGAAUAACAUUAGAUAUGCAAAUAACACCAUAGUUUUUGCCGAUAAUCUGAAUGAUUUAUGCCGGAUUUAUACUCAGCUAUUGCCACUGCUGCUGCCGUUGACGGAAAUAUUGCCUGAAAUAUGAUAUCGACGCGAGUGAGGUGUUUACAUCAGCUCCUCGCCAAUGUCCUCACAACUCAUUACCGAACGACUCACAAGAAAGGAAUGUGACAACAGCAUCGUCUUGCUCCCUUACUCACUUGCCGCUUUGCCGGCGGCAAGUGCGAGAGAGAGUAGCUGAAUGUGAAUACCCACUCGUAUUCGCGCUGCCUCUCUUUUGACUUCCGCCACAAAAACCGACUCUUUGGGUAUGUAGGUGCAAUGGCAAUAACAUGACGAGCAGCAGCGCGAGUGAGCUAUUUACACAUGCACGCUGCCCAAUUCCCUGUUUAAGAGGACUGAGUAUAAAUGCGGUAUUUGGGUAUGUAGGUGCAA